AUGCGCUUCGCUCAUUUAAUCUUGCAAGCUCUCUAUGCACGCCCCUCCGACUCGGCUGACCGACUUGCUACUCUCUUGUCUGCAGUGCCUGUCGGGCAUCAGCGCAUUGCAGAGAACAAAGCGGUCGAGACGAGCAGCCCAUCGUCGCACUUACACUAUGUCGCCCUCCAUGGUCUCUUUGCCAGAACGCCCGCCGACUUCCUGGAGACCCAAAGACUCGUCCGUCGACUACAUUUAAUUGACCUGCCGCUCAUCAACAGCAGCGUGCCAUUAUUCAAUAACAGUACGACGAUCAAUUCGACGAACGCCAAUGUCACGGCCAUUAGUAAAGCUGCUUCGGCAGAUGGUCUCAAUGCAAUCUUUGGUCAGGAACCGAAAACUCCAAUCGGUAAAGGGGAAGCUUCAGUGCAGCCGGGUCAAUCUACAGCACGAGUCAAUCCAGCGCAAGUUCCAAUACCGGGCGACCUUCGAACAAUUUCAGAUGCGACAUACACAACUUUGCUACGCUAUGCCAAAUUUUGCUCCGCCACCUAUGUUGCAUCAUGUGGAAGUCCAAACGGCGCCGAGCUGAUUCAACAAUUCGGGCAGAAUGCUGGGCAACAGACUUCAAGUAUGCUUUCCGCAGGCUAUAUCGCACAAGAUGACACCAAUCGAGAGUUUAUUGUUGCGUUCCGCGGUGAUCCAUUCAUGCAUGGUCUUUCUUGCGUGAAACUGGACGACCAGCGGACCAGCUUUGUUCAAGCUUCGACUGCGAUGCCCAUGGUCAACUUUAAAGCGCCUACAGAAGCUGCCAUCAACAGUGACAUCCUGGCUGCCUUUAUUUUGCAGUACACUGAGCUCGACCAACUCAUUCAGGCAGCUCUAGCAAACAAGAAGGGCUAUGGCAUCACCUUCACUGGGCACGGAAUUGGUGGUUGCUUUGCCUUGCUAUCGGCUAUUGCUUUCAGUGGAAGUCUAUCUGGGAGUGUGGCGAUACAGACCAUCACCUAUGGUGCACCCCGCGUUGGCAAUCUUGCCCUUGCCAAUUACAUCGACUCUCUCUUCCAGGUCAAUGGCCAAGCUCGUUAUCUACGCAUCACGCAUGGUUCAGAUAUCAUGCCCAUUGUUCUGAACCGCAAAUCAGGCUAUGUGCAUGCUGGCGUUGAGAUAUUCCAAUCCAAUGAAACGGUCGGUGGCAGAGGCGUCUUCCAAUGUAGUGGAGAGGAGGAUCGCCGAUGCAGUGGGUCGAAGACCACUUUUGCCAUGCCUGUACCUCAAGCCGCUUUCAGUCCGUCGUCUGUUGCCGCUACGCCUCCUGUCCCCGGCGCUGUUCCUGAAGAUCCGGCAUCGCAAGUAUUGCCCGCAAGUGCUUCGCCGCCAAUGGCAGUUCAGAGCCCUGAGCCCGUCUUUAUUGAUCCGGCAAGGCCAGAACGACAAUCAUGCCAGACUUGUCGAGGAACAGAGUGCAUCGAUUGUUACUAUGACACGGUAGACACCUUAGGUGACGACGGCAUUGACCAAAACAUUCAGAAGAUCAUCCCUGGUCAGCCCAUCGCACCAAAGGUUGCGAGCCAAGGGUCCUCAGAGCGCGAUCGCUUCGUAUGA